AGAGCCCUUCGCUCUGAAGUCUAAUCUGAGGCUCUCCCAUCAGAGCUGUCCUACUGCAGCACUGCAUCGCUGUUGCACUUCCCCCCCUCAGUGACGUCACACACGAGAACUCAUCCAGGGGGCGUGUCCAACAGAAAUCCCCAGCCAGGCACAGAUGUAGCUGCAGCUCUGCGAGAGGGACAGGCUGGGAGGGAGGAAGAGUUCGGACACACUGCAGAGGGAGCGCAACUAUGGGGAACGCACAGGAGAAGCCCCCGGGCAGCGGAGGAGGGGCAGGUAGAUCGGAUCAGGCCACAGCAGGGAGCGGGACGAGAAGCCGGGGUGGAGGGAGCGUGGAGAAGCCCCAGACUCACAGAGCUCCAGAGAAGGGGGUGGCCAAUGGCAGGGAAAGCAGCCCAGUGGGUGGACAAGAGGAGCAGAGCAGCCCUGCAGUGGACACAAGUUACCUGGACGCCCCUGCCGGGGCCCUUCCCCCUCACCUGGCCCGGCUCAAGAAUGAAGGGAACCAUCUCUUCAAACAUGGCCAGUUUGGGGACGCCUUGGAAAAGUACACACAGGCCAUUGAUGGAUGUGCUGAAGCAGGCACUGACAGUCCAGAAGACCUGUGUAUUCUCUACUCCAACAGAGCAGCCUGUUACCUGAAGGAUGGAAACAGCACAGACUGCAUACAGGACUGUACCAAGGCUUUGGAGCUGCAGCCCUACUCCUUGAAGCCCCUGCUGCGCAGAGCCGUGGCCUAUGAGUCACUUGAGCGCUACAGAAAGGCCUACGUGGAUUAUAAGACCGUCCUGCAGAUAGACACCGGGGUGCAGGCGGCUCACGACAGCGUCCACAGGAUCACCAAGCUGCUCAUUGAGCAGGACGGGCCAGGCUGGAGAGAGAAUCUUCCAGAGAUUCCCGUCGUCCCUCUGUCCGUCCAGCAGCAGCACAGAGACAGACCGGUCAGCGCCGAAGUGGCUCAAGCCCGAGCCGCCAGGGCUGCUCAGGAGGAAGCCAGAAGAAAAGAGGCCCGCUGUACUUUACUGAAACGGGAAGGCAACGAUCUGGUCAAGAAAGGCCACUUCCAGGAGGCGCUGCAGAAGUACAGUGAAUGUCUCCCCCUGAAACCUGACGAAUGUGCUCUCUACACAAACAGAGCCAUUUGCUUCCUGAAGCUGAAUCGCUUUGAAGAGGCCAAGCAGGACUGUGACUCCGCACUGCAGCUGGAGCCGAGCAACAAGAAAGCCUUCUACAGACGAGCCCUGGCUUAUAAGGGUUUACAGGACUACCUGUCGGCCAGCAGUGACCUCCAGGAAGUCCUCCAGCUGGACCCCAACGUUCGAGAGGCUGAGCAGGAGCUUGAGGUGGUGACGGGCUUGCUGAGACAGAGCCUGAUGGACAGCACUGCACACACACCGAAGGUUUGAUGUUUGUGGAGCAAUAUGGAGGCGGGGGAAUGAAACAGGUGUGGACACAUUCUGUACUGUCGCACUUAUGGAGGAAAAAGGACUCUCAAAGACGUCCGCCGUAGUAAGACUUGUAAAAAUGGAAAUGGCUGGC